AUGCUCGGUCUACUCGCUGUGCUGGUCUGCUUCUGUUGUUGGGUGGUGGCCGAUCAGGUAAGUAAUGUCUUCUUCUAAGGUGUGAUGGCACAAAAUGUCAUCAUUUUUAAAAUACGGCGAAGCUCUUGAAUAACGAGUUGUUUGAAGAUUUUAAGUUUUUUCGUUAUACAGGAGCUUGACUGUAUGUCUUUAGUCAUCUUAUGUCACUGUAAGUUUAGUUUAUACUGACUUGAAUUAGUGUUUUAAAGUAUCAAUCUAUAUUGUUCAUGGCAUCAUUUGGCAUAAUUUAAUGAAUUGACGUCUUAUAUUUCGAAGUUUCAAAAGUACUCAUAGCACGUACUUUUAAAUGAUAUGCUAUGUAUGUCGUAUUUUACCUUUAUGAUGAUUUUCUAUCUACUUUUUGACCAAAAAAUCAUUUUCUAUUAAUUUAUAACAAAUAGUCAAUUUCAGGAAACUUUUAAAAAUUUUAAUUAAUUUAAAAAUUUUAGUUUAUCGACAAAACAGUGCCUGAAGGCGAGACAGUCUUAUCAGAAUUCGACUUUUUGCAAAUCCGACAGAAGCGGCAACAAGAAGAUGAGGUCAUCGAUGACUCCGCCAUGUAUAACAAAGACCGAUUUGAGGGUGAUAUAGGUAUGUUCUUACAUUUCAUAUAUCAACAAAGAUCGGUUCAUAGUUCAUAUAACCCAUGUUACACUUUAGUGGAUGACAGUUUGGUCCGUCUGAAAACUUGAACUAUGACGCACGAUUUACCGUGGUAUUUCAUUGUUUUUACAUUUACCGUGGUAUUUCCUUGUUUUUAGGUUACAGCUUGUUAUGAGUAGAAAAGUUUUUAAAAAAGUAUUGUCGUUUUCAACUGUGAAAGAUACAAAUUGACGACAAGACUUUAUUUUUAAAUUCAAAAUGUAGAUUUAAUUUUGUUCAUGUUGUGCUUGGACCAUCACUUGAACUUUGAAUGUUUUAGUGACCUUGAUCUCGCCUUCCUCAAAGCCCUCGGGCACUCCCGCCGUUUAUUCAAAUUCGUCGUAUUUGAUGAGGAAUGCGGUGCGACAAACAUACCUAAAAUGGCCAAACGGACGUAUACCAUACACAAUAUCGACUCAGUAUACCACUGUUGGGUAAGUUAAAAGAAAUUUGAAUAACUUAACAUAAAGUUAGUUGAUCAUUUCAUAUUGUCUCAGUUAGAGCAAGACUUUUAGUUUUAAAAUUUUAAUUUUGAAAAAUUUAAAAUUUAAAGUCUAAAAAUUUAAAUUUAAACCCUCUCUGACAACCUAAAAGUUACAAACUCCCAUUAAUCCGAAUGUAUGUCAUGUUAAUAUUACACAAUAGACAUGUUGUUUGUCAUAAACUAGUUUCAGCAGACCUUGACAUGAUCUCCUUUCUUCUUACUAUCAUAUUAUGUUAUCCUUUUGCGUUUUUUGGAAGAGCGCUUUGCAUAAAAAUGAUCGGUUGAAUCAGAAAGUCUUGUAAAGGAUCAGCUGUACAAAACAAAAAAAAAACAAAAACUUUACAGACUUUAAAGGAUAUUAGCAUAAAAAGUAGAAACGAGCUAGGGAAUUAAUCCCGGUUGGCGCAAACUUUUUUGCCGAAAAUCGCCAUAUUUUAAGUAAAAGUAAAACUUUUUCAUUUUUAAAGGUCUUUGAAAAAUAAAACAUAAUAAAAACAGCAAAGUCGUAUUUAAAUAAAUAUUUACAUUUUUAAAAUUGUCGUUUUACAAGAUUCAUAAAUAGCGGAACACUUGACCGAAAAAAUUGUGAAACAUGACCCCAAAUAUAUUUUUGGCUAAAUUGAUGAAAAUAUUUAGCGUUCUAUGAUAACGAAUUUCUGUCUGAAAUUCAAUUGAGUUUUGAAUCUUUUUGAUGUAUAUGCUUCUUGUAUUAUUGUUUUUUUCAGUCGGCAAAGGAUAGCUGCGGCGAUCGACGAGUAUCAUCAACGGACAUGCAUAAAGUUUGUGCCAAAAACAGCGACAGAUUUGGACUAUGUUCACAUUCUGCCAGAAGAAGGAUGCUAUUCGUUAGUUGGGAAAGUUGGUAAGCUUUUAAAAUUACAUUUUUUGGUAAAACAUGGAUAAUAUAAGUGUAUUCUUAUUUUUUAACAUAAUAUAUUAACAUUAGCAUAACAUAAUAUGUAUUAAGGAUUACUUUUCAGGAGGAAAACAGCCUGUAAGUCUAGGUAACGGAUGUAUUGUCAAAGGUAUUAUAAUCCACGAGCUAAUGCACGCUGUCGGCUUCUUCCACGAGCAAAGUCGUGCUGACAGAGAUAACUAUGUGAGGAUAGUCUGGACUAAUGUGGAGCCAGGAUUACAAGAUCAGUUCGACAAGUACUCAUUGGCCAUGAUAGAUCAUUUGAACACGGAAUAUGAUUAUGGAUCAGUUAUGCAUUAUGGGCCUACGGCUUUUUCGAAAAAUGGAAAAACGACAGUCGAGCCAGUUCUACCGACCAAUCAGAGGAUAGGCCAGAGAGUGGGGUUCAGUCAGAACGAUGCCAACAAGAUCAACAAGUUGUACACAUGUGAACCUAAAAGUAAGCUUUUGCUUUGUGAUGUGGAGGUAUAGCGACAUUGGUUAUCAUUUUUUGAUUUGUUUUUAAAAUUGAACCUACUAUAACAUCAGGAAAAGCAAGUUUUAGAACUUUUUUAGAAUAAAAUCAACUUUCGUAGAAAAUUUUUCACACUGUCAUUUCUACUAAUAACAUCAUUAUAUCCAGCCCAAUCCAGUUCAGUAGCCUUUGGUGGUGUUCCAGUAUCUCUCUCCGCCCUACCAGACAACACCAUACAAGCAGCUUGUAACGACCAUCGUCGUGACUGUAUUUUCUUGGCCGAACGUGGUCAUUGUACCUCAUCUUAUGCUCAAUUCUUCAUGUCAGAGAACUGUCCUCGAAGUUGUGGCCAAUGUGUUGACAACAGUGUCAGGAUACCUGUGUGUCAAGAUACGAAGCCGUGGUGUGAACGGUGGGCUGAAGGUGGAAUGUGCCAGUUGUUCUUGUUCUCCGGAUAUAUGAAAAGUAACUGUGCCAAGAGUUGUGCGCAAUGUUAA